UGUGACCAAUAACACUGCUUUGCCCGGUGCUUCCGCAUUGGGUAUGACCGAGUGCCUACACCGAGGUCUAUAUUUCAUUUCACAGCUGUUUGCACACGUCUAUCCUGCCGUUCACUUCAUACAAUCGAAGAAAAAGAUCCAUAGUCAUGCCUCAAGACAGAAACUUGGUGACCGUCAACACACGCAUCGAAGACGGUGUGGGCUUUGUUCAAAUCAACAACCCCAAGCAGAGGAACACGUUGAACUGGCAAGUGCACUACGACUUGCUAAAAGUGCUCGAUGAGUACAAAGAGCAUAAAGAUGUCGCCUGUAUCCUACUCUGCGGCAACGAAGAUUACUUCAGCUCGGGAUGGGAAAUCACACUCCUGGAAAAGUCAAAUGCAAGCGAGAAGCAAGCCUUCUCUGACAUCGCACUAAAACUCAUGAUCGGUGUCUACGACUAUCCCAAGCCAGUCGUCUGUGCUGUGGCAGGAAUGUGUCCAGGAUAUGCCAUGGACGUUGCCAACUUUGCGGAUAUCACUAUCUGCUCGAAGAAUGCGGCCUUUGGAGCUUCGCAGGUCAAAUAUGGUCUUAAUCCGAUGACCCAUCCGAUGUUUCGAAAGAUGAGUGUACAGAGAGCUCGUCGAUUGAUAUUUACUGGUGACCCGAUGGGAGCAGAAGAGGCACUUCGCACUGGUCUGGUGGAUGAAGUGACUGAAGUCGGACAGCUGUUGCCUCGAGCAUUGGCACUCUGCAAGCAAAUUGCUGAGCGUGGAGCGGAACAUGCUGUCAACCUCAAGGAGAUGUGUCUUCGUGUGCCCAACAUGGAUCACGUUGGAGCGACAUACUACGAGACCCGAUUCACAAACGAUCUCAUGGCCAGAGAUCAGUUCAAAACUCUUGCUGCUGAGGGAGUCAAGCGAAUCAAGGAGAAGCGGAGCAAGGCCAUCGAGAGACUUGGCAAGCUCUAGUGCUACUUUCCGCAUUACUCAAUGAAAGUUAUAGUGCGC